AUGCCUGGAAAGAUUGGCAUCAUUGGCAGCGGACUUAUUGGCCGAAAUUGGUCGAUGAUCUUUGCCAGUCAAGCUUAUGACGUUUACCUUUACGACGUUGUGCCAGAUGCAGUGGAUAAAGCUUUGGUGUUGCUCAAAAAUCAGCUUGAAACGUUUCAAAAUUCAGGUACUCUACGUGGCACCCUAAACGCUGCUGAGCAGUUUGCUCACAUUCACAAAACGACCAAUUUGAAAGAAGCGGUCAACGGUGCUGUUCACAUUCAGGAAUGCGUUUUUGAAAACCUCGAACUAAAGCAGAAGCUUUUCUUUGAGAUAGAUGGUUUGGAGUGCACCUCAAAAGAAGUCGUCCUUUGCAGCUCGACCAGCUGUUUUCUGCCUUCUCUGAUUGCCGAGAAGAUGGUCAAACACCGAACGCAACUCAUCGUCGGCCACCCCAUCAAUCCGCCCUACUUUGUGCCACUUGUGGAGAUUGUGCCCUCGCCGUGGACUGAGCCGGCGGUGCUGGACCGAACUCGCCAGCUGUUGACUUCUGUUGGACAGAAACCGGUUGUGUUGAAACGGGAGAUUGAGGGCUUUAUUGUGAACCGUAUUCAGUACGCCAUACUCAAUGAGUGCUACCGCCUGAUUGAGGGCGGCAUCAUCUCAGUGACGGACGCCGACACUGUCAUGUCAGAAGGACUGGGAAUGCGCUACGCCUUCAUGGGUCCCUGGCAGACGGCCCACCUCAAUGCCGCAGGAAUGGCUGAGUAUUUUGAAAAGUACAGCAAAGGUAUCUACGACGUGAGCACCACCAUGGGACCGACUCCAAAGAUGGAAGGCCCCACUGCCAAAUUGAUUGCCGAUGAGCUGACUAAAAAGAUUCCUAUUGAUAAGCUGGAGGAGCGCCGAAAGUGGCGUGAUCAGCGUUUGAUUGCUCUUUCUCAGUUGAAAAAGAAAAUGGAAUGA